GUUGUGCAGCUCCGUGCAUUGAUUCUACUUGCUCUACUGCUUCCUGGAGCAUUCUGUCUGCUGCACUGUAUUAUGGCCAUGGUGGUUAACCCUUGGCAGGAGGACAUUCCUGGUGUUCCAGGAUCUCAGAUGAACAACCCACCGGGGCUCUGCAAUCAAGAUCCAGGGGGUACCCCUCAAACACCCACCACCCCAAAAGGAGGUAUCCCUGGUCAGGAUCCUGUUCAUUCUGGAGAUAAAGGGGUACCUAAUGUAGACUGCUUGGUGUGUGGGGACAAGUCAAGUGGCAAACACUAUGGACAGUUCACCUGUGAAGGGUGCAAGAGUUUCUUUAAGAGGUCGGUGAGGAGGAACCUAACCUACACAUGUAGGAGCAACAGAGACUGUCCUAUAGAUCAACAUCACCGCAAUCAGUGCCAGUACUGCCGCCUGAAGAAGUGUCUCAAAGUUGGGAUGAGAAGAGAAGUGCAGCGCGGACGGAUGUCUCAUCCACAAACCAGCCCGGGCCAGUAUACUCUCAACAACGUUGACCCCUACAAUGGGCAUUCAUACCUAACGGGAUUCAUCUCCUUGCUUCUCCGAGCAGAACCAUAUCCGACCUCUCGGUACGGGGCACAGUGCCUCCAGCCGAACAACAUCAUGGGCAUUGAGAACAUCUGCGAGUUGGCGGCCCGCCUGCUCUUCAGUGCCAUUGAGUGGGCCAAGAACAUUCCUUUCUUCCCUGACUUCCAGCUCUCUGACCAAGUGUCCCUGCUCCGUAUGACAUGGAGUGAGCUGUUUGUUCUUAAUGCAGCGCAGUGCUCCAUGCCCCUCCAUGUGGCCCCACUGUUGGCAGCCGCUGGCCUCCAUGCAUCACCGAUGUCCGCUGACCGGGUGGUGGCCUUUAUGGACCAUAUUCGAAUCUUUCAGGAGCAGGUGGAAAAGCUGAAGGCACUUCAUGUUGACUCUGCAGAAUAUUCCUGUUUGAAAGCCAUAGCUUUGUUUACACCUGAUGCGGUGGGACUAUCAGACAUUGGCCACGUGGAAAGCAUCCAAGAGAAAUCCCAGUGUGCCCUGGAAGAGUACGUCCGAAACCAGUACCCAAACCAACCAACACGGUUUGGGAGGCUUUUGCUCCGCCUUCCUUCGUUACGAAUUGUCUCCGCUCCUGUUAUAGAGCAACUUUUCUUUGUCCGCCUUGUCGGCAAGACCCCAAUCGAGACUUUAAUUCGAGAUAUGCUCCUGUCUGGGUCCAGCUUUAAUUGGCCCUACAUGCCUAUGCAGUGAUGGGGCUCAUAGUGCUCCUCAGACAUCUAACACCCCAAUCAAAAAGGAACCAGAAGAAACAUUUAUUGUCAUGAAAAAGAAACCUUUCCACCAUGGCCAGAUGACUAACAUAAUGCUCAAACAGG